ACACCAAAACUGGACGCUUCUCUCGUGCAUCAAACUACUCCACACAAAUGCAACGCUUAUCACGCGCAGCUUUUAUUAUUCAUCACGGGAUAAAUCAGCUGAUCUCUUACAAGUGCAUCCGUACUUAUUUUGCAGAUAACUGUGCAGAUAACAUUGAGCAACUACUAAGUGUUCGAUUUGUGUUGUGUGCGUACAUAUUGAAGGAAGUUUGCAAGAAGCAAGUUUUCGUUAACUCGUGGACGAUAUAGGGACAUUAGUUCGUAGCUCUCUUAUCUCGAAGAAGGGGGGCUACUGUAAAAAUGAGUUGUUUGACUUGGGGAUUCUUUCCCCUCUAAGAUGGCUGAACUCGGACCAAGGCCACAAAACUAUAAGGACUGCGUAGUGAUACGAGAGAUAUAUGAACAUGAAUCUUCACAGGAAGAAUUCGAAGUUCAGCUUGAUCAGUCUUUAGAAGCGGGAGUCCAGACGAUAGUUAUUGAACCAUCCAGACUGGGAGAUGAGGCUGCCAGGUGGAUCAUGUGUGGAAACUGCUUGCACAAGACUGCUGUCCUGGCAGGAGUUGGCUCAUUAGUGUGUGUAGGAAUGUGGCCUCACAGAAAUGAACUCUUCAUGUCUCUGGGUUUCUUGAGCGUGAUUUGUGCUGGUGUGUAUGCAAUAUCCUGGCAGUUUGAUCCCUGCUGUAAAUACCAAGUGGAGACCAACAUGAACAAAGUGCCUAAAUUACCUUUACACUCACUUUCAAGCAGUACCCCUGUCAUCCUUAUCCGGAAAGAUGACACUCGUCGUAAAAUCUUGCACAACACUAUUUCGUUGAUUUCUGGAGCAGUAUGUGGUUAUAAAUUGUACAAGAGUUACUUUAAUUAAGCAUUGAGUAGUUUAGAUUUGAGAUUAAAGAGCAAAGCAAUGACUUGCAAGUGUUCACAUGUUUAAAGCGCUUAUUGAUUCACUAUUUUCACAGAUUGAAUUCUUAAGUUCUAGAAAGAUAUCCUGACUGAAUACCGAUAUAAUGUGAUAAACUGGAAUUACAAAGUGCCACAUGGUCUCAUCUGAGAUAAUAUCAGUGUUGAAAUAUCAACACUUUAUAAGUUUGACAGGUUAGAUAUUAAGUGACAGCCAGUUCUCUUUGGUCUGCCUCUUAUCAUUUAUCCUAUCCUGCCGUGAUAUCACCAUUGCUGCUAACAGAAUAAAUCUCCAACUAGUAACCUGAAUAACAGCAUGGUCACUGUAGUAAAUAAUGAGCCAGAUGAUAAUGUCUGUUCAGCAGUUCUACAAUUUUCAAAAACAAUGGGUUUUUUGUGUAGAUUUUAUGAAAAAUUCGCAUGUGCUUAUAUUAAAAAUUUUAAGAAUUAUACUAGAAGAUUUUUAUAAUUUUAUAUGAUAGCAAAAGUGGUUAUAACAAGGAGACUUAAGGAGAAAGUUCACUCAUAGGUGAUGUUUCACUUAAAACUACUGUCUUCAAUUAGUUAAUGUUUUUAAUCUUUCAGUUCUGUUUCCAAACUCUUACUCAUCUGAGUCAGAAUAAUUUGUUUAGCUGAAAUAUUCAUGGGUAGGAUUUUGUGUGUGUGCAUGCAUACAAAAUAGUGUGCAUUAAUACAUGACAUUAUUUUGUGUGGGGAUGUGUAUUGUAAGUGAGGAUAAGUUUAUCCUUUAUUGUGACAUAAGGUUUGAAGCAUUUAGCACAGUGUCCUAAUUAAUUUGACUUAAAAAUAUGUGCUAUAAUUGUUCAGCCACUGUGCCAGAUGUUAACUUUAGAGCUGUCAGAGGUUUACCUUAUUCAACCAUUAGUUUAUCAUGAGGAUUCUGUUUUAAACUGAAUUCAGAUAUAAAUUUUCAAUGUCAUCAUGCAGUUAACUUUCUUUUGUCAAGUUACUGUUGACAAGAUCUUUUGCACAAGACAGAUUCUAUUUUGUUGUCAAACCCUUGUUGCUUGAUUAUUUGUGAACAUGUGUGAUUAUUUCCACUUACUACAGUAUUUGUAUGCUUAAACCAAGAAUUUAGGUAUAUCAUUUAUAAAUCUGUACUUGUAUUUUAAAUUUUCAUGAUGUGUUUCCCUAUUAUGUGCGCCUAGGUGUCUAUGUAUACUCAGAUCUACAGGUAAACUUAAUGUUUUACAGUUUCCUCCUCAUCCUUAGCAGUCAUGAUAAUGUAAUUAAACUCCUCUGAGUAAACUGUAAAAAGUUAAUGUCCAUUUUUUUAAAAAUCUGGAAUAAACUGGCUUUCUGCAUUGUGGUCAUUUAUUUGAAGACAGCACAUACCAAUACAGUCAUCGUCAUCAUCAUCAUUCAUGAUGAGCAAGAAACAACAUGCAACAGUUAACUUUACAAGUGCUGCAGACCACUCUUUUUUUUUUUUUUUUUUUUUUUUUUUUUCUUUUUUUUACCAGUACAUCUUAGGAGAGUGCUUUGCACAGUGGGAAAAAAUAUCAAUAGGAUACUAUUGACAGCUGGUGGCAGCAAGAGGUCUUAACCUUAAAAAAGAAUACCUCCACACCUUUUGCUGUAAGGAAUGUGUUUGUGUGAUGUAAUUGUGGAUGCAUAUGUGAUUUGCUAAUUGUGUGCUGCUCUAAACCUUCAACAAUAAAACUCCAGGAUUUCUCAAAUAGUUUUUUUUUUUUUUUUGGAAGUCACUCUGAAAUUUUAAAAUAGCAUGAUAAAUUCAGCAUUUUGACAGAAACAAUCCCUUGACCAUUAUAUUUAUGUAAGAAGAUGAAAGGUAAUGAAAAGACACUUUCUAUUCUGUCUGAAGUUCUUUUGACUUUGCUACUUGAGCUUGUCAAUGGCUUUGCAAGAGUGUUGUGCUGUCUUCUAUGCUGAGGAUGUAAAAGACCUAUAAGGUCUAACAUUCCUAUUAAGAAUUCUCUGAUUCUUUGACACCAUCACAAUAACAUCAGCUGACUGCACCAUGCUUAAUAUACUACAGUAUCUACCAAAGCUUUUUUUUUUAAAAUUGCACAGGAGAAACUACUGCACUGAGCCAAAGAAAUAUUGAGAUACUUCAAAUACAAAGAAAGCAUAAAGUGAUUAUUUUGCCUUAUGUAUAUGGCAAUCAUUUAAGUGUUGUAAUCAAGUCCAGGAAAUCUGCAUUAUUAUUUAAAAAAAGUACUUUUUUCUUCUGAUCAUACAGUUGCACUGAUCUGCAACAUCAUGCCAACAAUAGUUUCUCGUCUGUUAGCAUGGUUGUACUAUUUGACAAAUAUUAGCUGGCCGACAUGAUUGCUUAUAAUCAGUGUUUUGAGAUAAACAGGAUUAAAGUGAACCUUUGACCUGCUUCAAUGAGGAAAAGGCUUCCACAUAUGCUUCAUUUACAUUAUGGAAGAAGGUGAAGAAAGGAUAAGUUGGGAGAGAAUGGUGAUGAAGGAAGAUAAAUGAGAGAAAAUGACAGCUAUCUCUGUAAAUGACCCAUAUGUGAACCUUGGGAUAAGCCUGAAUUCCAUACCCUUCACAUUUAAAUAUAUAUAUAUCUGCCUUUUCUUCUUUAACCCUUUUUUAAGGGGUCAAGUUCGUGUUCAAUGGCUGGAUCAACUGUUGGACGUGUUGCACCAUACAGGUAUUAUACAGGUAUUGAACUCUAUAAUACCUGUAUGGUGCACACCUUCAGCCUCAGAUGCCCUAAGUAAAGCUUCUCACUUUCAUGUGGUCUUCACUGUCCUGAUGACAAGCAAUUUUUGCCCAAUGGUUCUUGAUUUUCUGGACAUUUAUAUCCAGUUUAAGGAUAGGUUUAACAACAAUUAAUUAAACCUCAGCAGUGUUAAAACUCAGAACAUAGUAAUAGUAAUUAUAUGUGUCUUUCUGUUCUUUUAAAAAUGAUGUAACAAGAGUUGUCUGACGCAUUAGUUGAUUGAUUCCCUCCCUUCUUCUUUAUUCGCCUCCCUCUCCACUUUCCUUUCAUUUUUGUAAAUGGUGGUGAUUUUAAAUUUUCAAUAAAAUUUGUUGCAAAAAAAAAUUAUGGCAGGUUGUUUGUGGAACUUUAUGACAAUAUCUUUUUGUUGAUAAUACUUUAUUUUCUGCAAAUAUGUUGGACUAAAAUGAAAUUUCACUGGUUUUCAUGCUGAAAUUUGAGGGUGCUUGUGGGAGUAUUAUAGAACUGACUUUAUUGCUAAAAUUAGCUUUCAAACUUAGAUAUUCACAAUUGGUCACUAGGUUUUGUUCUGCAUUUGUAUUUGGCUUCAUACACUUCCUGUAUACCUUUUGUAAGUAGGUCUUUUAAGGGAAUGUUAAGAUAAAUAUAAUCAGGAACCAUACUAUUGCUGACAUGUUAGAGGUGGCAGCUGAUGCUUAUUACUUGAAACCUUAAGCUUCAGUAGAAUAACAUUCACAUGUGCAAAUGCUUUCUGCUUACAAAGGUUUAUGGGGAUCGUAUGUCCAUGGCAGACUGAAUGUAAAGACAUAUUCUCGUAGCUUCUUGCAAGCAAGAAUGUACAUCAGUGUUUUUUGGUGAAUGCUUGAACAAGCAUAUUUGUGAGCCUUGUGUCUCAGAUAGCUUAUUUAAAAUGCUUUCUUGUCUUUUAUAUAUUUUGUUUAUGAAGCCAGCUUUUCGUUUUCAGUGUUUCUUCUGUUUUUCAUAAAUGUUGAGAUGGAUAUGCAGUUUUCUUUCACAUGAUUUACACUUAUCACUUGCAUGAAUUCAGUUCCUCCAUAGAGUAUUGGUCUUGGGCAUGUUUUUUACCAGCGCAUACAAUAUCUUUUACUAAGCUGGCAUGCUUUGCAUUGUUGCAGGGUCGGUGGUAAAAAUAUUUCCCCACUGCACUGAAUAUUGUUCAUUUUCUGUACUCUAAUACACUUUGCACCAGCUG